AGUGAAAUGGAUGCAGAAAAUGGAGAUGUCAGAUUUAACUGAUAAAGGAAAAUUCAUAAUCAGGGAAGAUUUAUUUUUCCUUUCAAGCAGCUGAAAUCUUUAUACUUUGCUUGCAAAGCUAUUAUAAAAGCAAUCACACAGUGUAGCAGAGGACUUUCAUGACAGUAACAGACUUUGAAAUAGGAGGCUUAAUUGAAAAAGAGUGUUUUAAACGAUGACUCACAAAGUUUUGAUAUUAUUUUCUCUCAUAAUUGCAUUCAACGUAGCUAUGAGCUCCCCAAAAAGAGGCUGCAGUGAUAAUUUAAAUAAAUUAGCAAUAGCCAACAAUUAUCUAGGGCUCAAGCUUUACCAUCUUCUAGUAAAAGGAAGCUCUGGAAAUGUGUUUUUCUCUCCUCUUAGCAUAUCUACCGCUUUCGGUAUACUUUACGCUGGAGCCAAAGGAAACACGGCAAAGCAACUCAGAUCUGUGUUAGGAUACAAUUCAGCUAAACUGAAAAGCAGCGAGGUUCCUUUGGCCUUCAACCGAUUCCUCAACAUAGUUAUACCCGAAAACCAAUCGCCCAAUCCAGAAUACAUCUUGAGUCUUGCCAAUGAAUUGCUGUUAGCAGAAAACUUCAAUGUAAAUCCCGACUACAAAAACCAAGUACAAAAUCUUUUCCGCGCAUACAUCGAAGAUGUUGAUUUUGAGAAUAAUUCUGCUCAAAUUGCGGAACAAAUAAAUAAUUUCGUAGAUGAACAGACCCAUGGAAAAAUCACACAGCUCGUAAGUGGUUUGAGUAGAUCCACUGUAUUUUUCAUAGUGAAUGCUAUUUAUUUCAAAGGAUCGUGGAAAACGCAGUUUGAAACGAAAAAUACAAAAUCUGAGAACUUCUAUAAUGAUGGAUCAAACUCUAAAGCAAAGAAAGUUCCACUUAUGCAUCUGACAGCAGAUUUUCCUUAUGCAUCGGACGAGGACUUACAGGCUGUGAAGUUACCAUACAAAGGAGACAAUGUCAGCAUGAUCGUUAUUGUGCCAAAAGAACGUGGAGGUCUUGACCAACUUGAGAACAGUAUAACGCCACAAAAACUCCAGGACAUCCAAAAUCAAAUGUAUACAACCAAAGUGACUGUUACGCUACCAAAAUUCAACAUAGAUUAUCAACGAACACUGAAUUCUGACUUCAAAGACUUGGGUGCAACGGCCAUAUUUAACCCUGGAUUGGCAGAUUUCUCAGGUAUAACACCACAAAAAGGAGUUUAUGUCAGUGAAGUAGUACACAAGGCGGCUGUUGAAGUGAAUGAAGAAGGGAGUGAAGCUGCAGCAGCGACAGGUAUUGGCGGUCAUGCUCUAGCAAUCAUAGAACCACAAAAAUUUACGGCUGAUCAUCCAUUUAUAUUUGCUAUUAUGGAGAACCAAUAUAAAUUUAUAUUGUUUAUGGGUCGUGUGAAUGAAUUGUACUCCCAUGUCUUGACCAGCAAAGACAGCUGCAUAGGAGGUGUAAAUGAAAGGGGGACAUACAUAAAACCCUAUCUCACAACUGACCAAGGGAGGCACAGGUGCCAGCUGCAGAGGAAGCUAGGGAAGAGGAAAACGAUGACUCACAAAGUUUUGAUAUUAUUUUCUCUCAUAAUUGCAUUCAACGUAGUUAUGAGCUCCCCAAAAAGAGGCUGCAGUGAUAAUUUAAAUAAAUUGGCAAUAGCCAACAAUUAUCUAGGGCUCAAUCUUUACCAUCUUCUAGUAAAAGGAAGCUCUGGAAAUGUGUUUUUCUCUCCUCUUAGCAUAUCUACCGCUUUCGGUAUACUUUAUGCUGGAGCCAAAGGAAACACGGCAAAGCAACUCAGAUGUGCGUUAGGAUACAAUGCAGCUAAACUGAAAAGCAGCGAGGUUCCUUUGGCCUUCAACCGAUUCCUCAACAUAGUUAUACCCCAAAACCAAUCACCCAAUCCAGAAUACAUCUUGUAUCUUGCCAAUGAAUUGCUGUUAGCAGAAAACUUUAACGUAAAUCCAGACUACAAAAAUCAAGUACAAAAUCUUUUCCGAGCAUACAUCGAAGAAGUUGAUUUUGAAAAUAAUUCUGCUCAAAUUGUGGAACAAAUAAAUAAUUUCGUAGAGAAGGAGACCCACGAAAAAAUCAAACAGCUCAUAAGUGAGUUGAGUAAAUCCACGCUAUUUUUCAUAGUGAAUGCUAUUUAUUUCAAAGGAUCGUGGAAAACGCAGUUUGAAACAGAAAAUACAAAGUCUGAGAACUUCUAUAAUGAUGGAUCAAACUCUAAAGCAAAGAAAGUUCCACUUAUGCAUCUGACAUCAAAAUUUCCUUAUGCAUCGGACGGGGACUUACAAGCUGUAGAGUUGCCAUACAAAGGAUACAAAGGAGACAAUGUCAGCAUGAUUGUUAUUCUGCCAAAGGAACGUGGAGGUCUUGACCGACUCGAAAAAAGUAUUACGCCAGAGAAAAUACAGGAAAUCCAGAAACAAAUGUAUGCAACGGAGGUCACAGUUACGUUACCAAAAUUCAGCAUAGAAUAUCAACGAACACUGAAUUCAGAUUUCAAAGCCUUGGGUGCAACGGCCAUGUUUAACUCCGGAUCGGCAGAUUUCUCGGGCAUAACACCACAAAAAGGAGUUUAUGUCAGUGAAGUAGUACACAAAGCGGUUGUUGUAGUAAAUGAAGAAGGGAGUGAAGCUGCAGCAGUGACAGGUGUUGGCGCUACUGCUACAGCAGUUAUAGAACCACAAGAAUUUACGGCUGAUCAUCCAUUUAUAUUUGCUAUUAUGGAGAACCAAUAUAAAUUUAUAUUGUUUAUGGGUCGAGUGAAUGAGUUGUAAAACCUGCUUCAAUGCAAAAUAAUUCUGUAUCCUUAAGUAUUGUUAAUUAAAAAUCAUCUGAAUUAAUAACUGACUGUUCAAUAAGAUGACAAUUGCCUAUGCGUAGUGUUUCAACAUUUUCCUAUGACUUCAAAAAUCAAUUAAAAAAGGAAGAAACGAGAAA